CACUCCUCGGACCUUACAAUCAGUGCGAACGACGAAGCCACAGCGAAAGAUUUAUGCAUGUGUACUCAAAAGUAAAAUAAAUAAAUAUGUUUUGUCUCGUAUCUUCGAAGAAUGAAGCGAAACGUUAUCGGCAUAUGUAUCUUUUGCAUGCCAUUCAUUCGGUAAGGUGUCUUGUUGAAUCUCAGUUGCGUUCAGGCGGCUUCUCCAGCUCACUAACCUAAAAGAGAGUGCAGCUAAGCUGUUUUCGGCCGCUAUAGAAACCGAGACCGUUGAUAAUUAUAAGUGGAUGCAAUGCAAGAAUGGCACAAGAUAUCUUUAAUACUCUGCGGAUUUGGAUUCUUGAGAGAUAUUCGCCCAUCUGAACCAUUCGUGACGGAGUAUAUUCUAGGACCAUGGCGGAAUGUUACCGAGCAAGAGCUCAAUCAGGACGUUUAUCCUGUAUCAACAUAUGGAUACUUAGCACAGCUGAUAUUAGUUUUCCUAAUAACGGAUUUUUUAAGAUAUAAGCCAUUGAUAAUUUUAAUGGGAUGUUGUGGAAUUAUUAUUUGGAGUUUACUUCUAUGGACGACAUCUAUAUUGGCCCUACAAAUUUUAGAAUUCUUUUAUGGAACAUACAUGGCAACAGAAGUGGCAUAUUAUACUUACAUGUAUGCUAAAGUCGAUAAGGCGAAUUAUAUAAAAGUAACAUCAUAUACGAGAGUCGCUAUGCUGAUUGGAAAACUUAUUGCAAGUAUUUCAGGACAAGCUCUAAUUUACUUCAGCCUGAUGGACUAUCGAGAUCUAAACUAUAUAACAUUGGCUGCUCAAAUUCUGGCAACUGCCUGGGCUUUCUUCCUGCCUGGUUCGAAAACAAGCUUGUAUUUCCACCGCAAGCGGGAGACUGGAUCAAUGGAAGACGGAUUGAAUGAAGAUCAAAAUGCAGUCGGGACUACAGAUAACAUUAAAGGAGCAUUUCAACUGCUUUGGCUCCAUUUUCGUAACGCCUAUACCAAUAGUAUGGUAUUGCAGUGGAGUCUGUGGUAUAUUGUAAAUUUAUGUGGAUAUCUGCAAGUGGUGAAUUACAUUCAAGUUCUGUGGAAAGUUAUAGAUAGUAGCCCAUUGGUUGUGUGGAAUGGGGCCGUAGACGCGAUAUUAACGCUGCUUGGGGCAGGGCUCUCAUUGGCAGCGGGUUAUAUUUUCACAGGAAAAACGAAUGUACGUGCCAGUUUACUUACCCUAGCUAUACUGACAAUUAUUGAAGGACUCUGUUUGCUUUUAACUUCACAAACGACGGUACUGUACUGGUCAUACGCUGGAUACAUUUGUUUCGGAGCCCUUUUCACAUUCACAGUGACAGUCUCUAGCUCUGAAGUAUCGCGUCAUUUACAAGAAGAGAGCUAUGGACUUGUCUUCGGAUUCAACACUUUCAUUGCGCUUAUUAUGCAAACUAUUUUGACUGUGAUUGUAGUGUCUAAGGAUGGAUUCGCGUUGGGUGUCAUAGCCCAAUUUACUGUAUAUACGUUUUAUUUCCUAGUUGUAGGAAUAGUAUAUUUACUAGUUGUAUUAGUAAACUAUGCUGUCAGAUAUUUUUUACCGAAUGAGAAGUUGGAAUUAUCUACGUUUGAUGCAAAGAGUGAGGAUAUCAAAAAUUCAGACUCUUAGAAAAGAUAAUACUUAAGUGCAAAAAUAUAAUAAACUUGAAAGGAAA